AUGAGCAUAUUUCAAUUACCUCAAAAAAUAGCUAAAGAGAUUGACCGAUUGUGUAGAAACUUUCUUUGCGGGGAAAAGGAUGAUCGGAGCAAGCUUCAUAUGGCCUCUUGGAACUUAGUAUGUCUACCGAGAGAACUUGGAGGUUUAGGAUUUCGAGAAGGUCCUGAAUGGAACAAAGCGGCUUUGGCAAAGUAUCUAUGGGCUAUUACUACAAAGAAAGAUGUACUUUGGGUAAAAUGGGUGAACAAUUUGUACAUAAAAGAUCAAGAGAUGUGGUCUCUUGAGCUGAAAGGGAAUGUGAGUUGGUAUUGGAGGAAAAUUCUGAGAUUAAGAGAUUCAUUCACUCGUGAAGCUAUCAUGAAAGCUGGAACUAAUGGCAACUUUUCGUUAGGCAAGCUUAUGACUAUCUCAUUUCGAAGGAGACAAGUUUUGGACAAUCUUGUUAAGAAACAUGUUCUCAUUGAUAGUGCCUACUGUCCGGUUUAUGAAUGGGAUCUAGAGUCUCAUGAACACUUAUUCUUUGAAUGUCCUUUUUCUUGGAGAGUGAUGCAAAAUAUCAAGAAUUGGUUGGGGGAAUGGCUUUGGCCAAAUUCUUUUCAGUUGCUUCUUGAGUGGAUCCAAGGAAAAAGACCGAGAAGUUUAUUAAUAGAAAUCUACUAUGCUACACUAGCUAGUGCCAUAUAUGGAAUAUGGCUCAAUCGGAACUUGUGUGUUUUUGAAGGAAAAUGUAAAGUCCCAUUGUAUAUAGAUAGAAGCAUUAAAGAGAAUCUUAAAACUAGAUUGUCUCUUAUUCAAGAUAGAAAGCUUUCUAGUUUUGAGAGAAUUAUCCUUAGAAAUGCUAAAAGUUUGUAA